UGAAAAAAUUCUAACCCACCGCCUUACUCAAUUUCCCCCCUCCUCUCCCUUCUAUUCCUUUUCUUUCUAUUAAACCCCAUUCCGAAUUCUUUUCUCUUCUUCUUUAUUUCUUUCACACAAAAACCUCUCUGAAAUCCAAUUGAUUCAACUUUUAUCUCUAAUGAAGCAAUUCUAACUGCCAUAUCCAUCAAAAAUGGCAGCAGAAGAACACUUAAUCAAACUCUACCAAUCCAUCUUCGAACAGAAAUCACCUUCCUCUGAUCUCUUUCUCGCACUCCUCCAUUCCGAUACUUCCAUCGAACACGGCCUCCGUCUCUUCUACCUCAUCCUUAAACGCGGCGUUUCACCAAUUGAACACGAUCAUAAUCAGGACGAUGAUGAUCAAAACAAGAAUGUUAAGUUAGGAUUCCAAUUAUGGAGCGAUUCUCAGAUUCAGUCGCUGUUUUCCUUAGGUCUUGCUGUUGUUUCCGCUUCUAGAUCUCUCUCAGUGGACCAAACAGAGCCGGUAGUUAUUGCGGUGGUGGAGCAGUUGUUAGAGUUUGCAGUUUGUUAUUUUGAGAAAUCAGACUUUAGCUCUACUGAUGAUUUCACUACAGCUAUGCAGGGUAAUGUGGUAAAUCUUUUGGAGCUGGCUCUGAUCGAUGGAAAUGAUAAAUUAUUAGAUUCAUCCCAGCCUUGCUCCAUAAAUUGUCUUCUGGAACUCUUUGCGGGGUGUUCUGAUGAUUCUUGUAGCAUUGAGUUGGAGAGCCACAUAAACUGUAGGCUGCAAGGUACCAGUUGCUCAAAAGGAGAGAGAGCAGUGGAUCAGCUACUGAUGACACUGGCAUCUGGAAGCAUACAGCCUGAAUGGCAAGCUCCUGGAUUCCAUGUAGCCAACCAAGAUUUAAACAAUUUGAUUUUUCUAUCUCAGCACUGGGCUGUUGUCCAUGUUGACUGUGUUUCCCGUCUAAUAUUGUGCUGCAAACAACUAAUUGACUUGCCAUAUGUGCACGACGAGAAGAUGCCAGUUUCAGAUUUUUGCAGGAGAUUAUCAAUUGGGUUGAGGAUUUUGAAAUUGCUCAGGAUUCUUAUGAAGGACUUCCCAUAUGCUGGAUAUUCCUUGCUGUUACAAGAAGUUGGUUCAUAUGUGGAUGUGUUGCCUUGCUUGUUCAGGAUUGACUUCGAAUUUGCAAAUAGCAAUGCUGCUGUUGAGGGUAGUUUGGAGGGUCUCAUAUUGUUGCUCUUGGAAGAGUUCCUUCUUUUUGCGCAAGUUGUUUACUGCAAUAGUAAUGCAUUUCAGAAUGUCCAAGCGUGCAUAGUUGCUUCUAUAUUGGAUAACUUGGAUUCUUCUAUAUGGAGAUACAAUAGGGUGUCCGAUAACCAAAAGCCUCCUCUAAUAUACCUCCCUCGCUCUGUCCUUUUCAUCUUGAAACUUCUUCACGAUCUAAAACGACAAACAUUUCGGACUCUUGAUUUGAAGGGCUUUGAUACAGAUCCUACUGUUAGCUCUGCCGACUUGCAAAAAUAUUACCCAUCAUGCCAUGUACACUCUGAGGAGAUUCCUUUGCUUAAAAGGUUUAAACAUGAGGAUUUGUUUAAAAUUAUAUUUUCUCCUUCAACCCAUUGGAUGGACAAUCUGAUGAAUCUUCUGUUUUUUCUUCACUGUGAAGGAGUUAAAACAAGGCCUAAAAUAGACAGGUCCCUUUCUAAUUGUUUGAAAGCUAACCCUUUAGAAGUGGAAAAUGCAGUUUGCCAUGAGGAGGAAGCGUUGUUUGGUAACCUUUUCUUUGAAGGUAGUCGCUCAGUGGGAUCUAAUGAUGGAUAUGACCAACCACCAGUUACUACCAACUGUUCCAGCAAUUGCAAUUUACCCAUGCAAGCUGCGACUGAAUUGUUGAGUUUUCUGAAAGAGAAUGUCUUCUCGCAUGAAUGGUCUCCUCCUCUUUUUGAAGAUGCCUGCAAAAAUCUGAGAGAGAACCAUGUUGACACAUUGCUUUCUGUACUUAAUUCUCAGGGUUGUGGUUCAGAAGAUAAGUCUUUUGAUAGAUCAUCUACUUCACAUGAAGAGAGGAAGACUGGGCACAUUAGUGAAGUUUGCUUUGAGCUAUUGCUAAACCUUCUUACUACCCGUGCUUUGCCUGACACUCUUGAAGAGUACCUUGUUGAGCAAAUUUUGAACGUUGAAAAUGGUAGUUUUGUUUACAAUGAUCAGACCCUUACCUUGCUAUCUCACACUCUCUUUUCUCAGAUGGGCUUGGCUGGCAGUCAGUUGAGAACCAAAUUAUAUAAAGGAUUUGGGGGUUUCAUUGUUGAUAAGACUAAAGCUAUCUGUUUAAAUUGUCCUAGUAUCAAGAAUCUUCUUGGGACUCUCCCAUCUCUAUUCCAUGUUGAGAUUCUACUGAUGGCAUUUCACUUAUCAUCUGAAGGGGAGAAGGGAACACUUGCAAACCUCAUAUUCUCUUCCCUCCAAGCAGUCGAUCCUCCAUCUUCUGCUUGUUCUAACACACAGUUGUCAUGUUGGGCUCUUCUUGUCUCAAGGUUGAUGGUAGUACUUCGACAUAUGAUGUUUAAUCCUCAUAAUUGUCCUUCGUCAUUGCUGCUAGAUGUGAGGUCAAAAUUGAGGGAAGCUCCAGUUUGUGGUUCACUUCUGCCUCAUAAUCUAAAUGAUCAGAUGUCGUCUUGGGCAUUUAAUGCAACAAAAACUAUAUUGGGUGGAUGGCUUGAAGCAGAGCCUACCAUCAGUGCUUUGAUCAAUCAAUUAUAUGACAUUUCAGCUCUUCCCCCUUCACUUUAUAGGGAUGACUUGGCAAUUGAAUCCUUACACCUGAGCUCAAAUGAUUUAUGUUCAACCUUCUCACAGAUUCUUGGUUUCUGGAAAGGUAAAAGGGCUUCAGCAAUAGAAGACCUUAUAAUUGAAAGAUACGUGUUCUCGCUGUGCUUUGAUAUUCCUAUCUUGAGGUCUAUUCCAGAUCAGCAGGUAUCAGUCUGGAGUGAGACACAGUCAAUGGACAUAACUGAUGUGGUAAAUUUCUUUUAUUUUAGCCACUCUUUUGUAGCCCACUCUGAUGAUUUUGGCUCAGGUAUAAAAUUUCCAAAUGUUGCUAUGGAGGUGCUGCAGCAACUGUGUAAGCUGGACAUGCCAGAAGAUAUUAAAGAAUUAGGUUGGGAUUUCUUGAGGAAUGGGUUUUGGUUGUCAAUUGUACUGUCCUUAUAUAAUGUUGGUAUCUGCCGAUACUGCGUCAAAUAUAAUGUCCCUGGAGUGAGUCCGUCCUGGACUGAAAAUACAGCUAGAGACGGUCAUUACAUCACUGUUGCUGAUGGCUUGAUUUCUAGCUUAAUCGAGUCUGGUGAAGUUCUAUUGCUGCUGAGGUUGUUAUCAUCUUUGUUGGAAAAAUACUUACAGGCGUAUCAAAAGGCUUUUCUUGCUACUGUUGCUGAUGGGCGGUGUACUAAUAAUGGGUUUGCAUCUCUUUUACUUCUCAAACACUCCAGUUUUGAUAAGUGUCUUCAAGAUGAGCUCCUUAAGAAGAGUGGCACUAGUUCUUACCACAUGGAUUCCUUUUCUGAUAUAUUAUCAAACUGGGAUGCUGUUGUUUCCAAAAGAGCUCCCAGUGUACGAUGCAAAGUGUUUUGGGAAUGUAUGUUGCAUGGUUUUCCAUCUCAUAUUCAAACUUCGAGUGCGAUCCUUCUAUCUUCUAUUAUUGGCAUAAGAGGGAUAGUUUUUGUUCUGGAUGGGUUGUUCAGACUAGAAGAUAUGAGACAAAAUAUGUUCCAGGACAGGAAGGUACUUUGCCAGAUUCUGAAUUCAGUUAUGAUUGUCAGAUUUGAUAGAAUCUUUGAAAGUGUUCAAGGAAAAUGCGAAGCUAUUGUUAGAAAUCUGAGUGCUGGCUUUGAACUGUCAGAUUAUAGUGAUCUGUUUCUGCUGAAACACAUGGAAGGGUUUUUAAAAGAUAUCAGUGGUAGUGAAGAGUGUGAUACCACUUCCCUUGAAUGGGUAAUCUCCAAGACAAUUGAUAUUGCAGAUAGCCUCAGGAAAGAUUCAUUGAAAUCUGCAAUGUUCAGAUUUUAUCUUGGCGCAGAAGAUGUGCCUGAGACGGUCAAGGUGUCCUAUGGGUUGCAACGUGGUGAUUUGUUGAUUCUAAUCGACUCUCUGGAUAAAUGUUCCUCUGAAUCUGUAAACGCAAAGGUGCUUAAUUUCUUUGUUGAUCUCUUAUUAGCAGAGUUUUGUCCACAUCUAAGACAGAAGAUUCAGGAAAAAUUCUUUGAGAUGGAUGUGCUUUCUCUCUCCAAGUGGUUGGAGAAACGGCUGUUAGGUUCUAUAGUGGAAGCUUCUGGUGGGGCCAGCUCUGCAAAGGAGAGUUCGAUGUCUCUAAGAGAGACAACAAUGAGUUUUAUUUCAAGUCUUGUACCCUUACCUUCUAUGCCACAUCUAACAGAGCUGAGCCAUCAUUUGUUUGAAGCUGUUCUGGCUUCACUUGACACUGCAUUUUUGCUAUUUGAUGUCCAUGUUGCUAAAUUGUACUUUCAUUUUGUUGUUCAACUUUCUAGAGGAGAAUACUUAAUGAAAUUGCUUCUGAAGAGAACUGUAAUCGUGAUGGAGAAGCUGGCUGGGGAUGAACGUCUGCUUCCGGGGCUUAAAUUUCUCUUUGGUUUUCUUGGAAAUAUAUCAAGUGAUUGUGGGUCCUGUAAGAUCCCUGAGAAGUUGUCUGGUAAGUAUUUAUCCGGUGGUAGUCUUUGCAGUGGAGCUGUUUCAUUAAAGCCAAUAGGAUCAAGGAAGAACUCAGACUCUAUGGUUCUUUCUGCAAAUCAAGAAGGGGGACCAUCGGCCUUCGAAUGUGAUGCAACUUCUAUGGAUGAAGAUGAGGAUGAUGGAACAUCAGACGGUGAGGUAGCUAGCAUUGAUAAAGAUGAGGAGGAAGAUACUGACAGCGAAAGGGCCCUUGCUUCAAAAGUUUGCACAUUUACAUCAAGUGGCAGCAAUUUUAUGGAACAGCACUGGUACUUUUGUUAUACUUGCGAUCUGACUGUAUCAAAGGGCUGUUGCUCUGUGUGUGCUAAAGUUUGUCAUCGUGGGCAUCGAGUAGUUUAUUCUCGUUCAAGUCGAUUUUUUUGUGACUGUGGAGCUGGUGGUGUUAGGGGUAGCAAUUGCCAAUGCUUAAAACCCCGAAAAUUUAGUGGUGACAAUGCGCCCAUCCGGACUGCUAGUAAUUUUCAGUCCUUCUUACCCUUCACAGAGGAUGCUGAUCAGUUGGCAGAGAGUGAUUCUGAGCUGGAUGAGGAUAUGCCCUCAGAUACGGAGAACUCGCUUAAGUUGUCCAUUCCAAGAGAGCUUCAGGAUGGUAUCACAGCAUUGCUGGGAGAACUUGAUGUUGAGGGUCGCGUGCUUCAACUUUGCUCUUCAUUAUUGCCAUAUAUAACAAGCAAAAGAGAAUCUAAUAUUUCCAAAGAUAAGAAAAUAUUUCUGGGCGAAGAUAAAUUGCUAUCAUAUGGUGUUGAGAUGUUGCAAUUGAAAAAGGCAUAUAAAGGCGGGUCUUUGGAUCUGAAAAUAAAGGCUGAUUAUCCAAAUGCCAAGGAGCUUAGAAUACAUUUAGCUAGUGGUUCUCUUGUCAAAUCCUUGCUCAGUGUCAGCAAUCGGGGUCGACUUGCUGUUGGAGAAGGUGACAAAGUUGCUAUAUUUGACGUUGGACAAUUAAUCGGACAAGCCACCAUAGCACCAGUAACAGCAGACAAAACCAAUGUUAAGCCCCUCUCGAGAAAUGUUGUUCGCUUUGAAGUCGUACAUCUUGCUUUCAAUUCAGUAGUGGAAAAUUAUCUUGCUGUAGCAGGGUAUGAAGAUUGCCAAGUUCUAACUGUCAAUCCUCGAGGUGAAGUGACUGAUCGUCUUGCCAUUGAACUUGCUCUACAAGGUGCAUAUAUUCGACGGAUUGAUUGGGUUCCAGGUUCUCAGGUUAAGCUAAUGGUGGUCACCAACAGGUUUAUCAAGAUAUAUGAGCUAUCCCAGGACAAUAUCAGUCCCUUGCACUACUUCACUUUGCCUGAUGACAUGAUUGUUGAUGCAACACUUCUCGUGGCUUCUCAGGGGAGAAUGUUUCUUAUUGUUCUUUCUGAACAUGGGAGCUUGUUCAGGUUAGAAUUGUCUGUGCAGGGUAAUGUCGGGGCCACCCCAUUGAAGGAAAUUAUUCGGAUUCAGGACAAAGAAAUGAAUGCAAAGGGGUUAUCUUUGUAUUUCUCUGCCACUUACAAAUUGUUUUUCAUUUCCUAUCAAGAUGGGACCACUUUGAUGGGUCGAUUGAGCUCUGAUGCAACGUCUUUAACUGAGCUAUCUUUCGUAUAUGAAGAGGAACAAGAUGGCAAGACCCGCUCAGCUGGUCUGCAUCGAUGGCGAGAGUUGCUGAUAGGAAGUGGGUUAUUUGUUUGCUUCUCUAGUGUGAAAUCAAAUACUGCACUUGCUGUCUCCAUGGGGCCACAUGAAUUGCAUGCACAGAGCAUGCGGCAUUCGGUGAGCUCAACCUCACAUUUAGUUGGGUUGACUGCUUACAAGCCUCUGUCAAAAGACAAGGUCCACUGUCUUGUGUUACAUGAUGAUGGAAGCCUUCAGAUAUACUCGCAUAUCCCAGCAGGAUCUGAUGCUAGUGCGAGUUUGACUGCUGAUAAAGUAAAAAAGUUGGGCUCUGGCAUCCUCAACAGUAAAGCUUAUGCCGGGAUAAAACCAGAUUUCCCACUUGACUUUUUUGAGAAAACAGUCUGCAUUACUGCAGAUGUAAAACUGGGUGGCGAUGCCAUCAGAAAUGGUGAUUCUGAAGCUGCAAAGCAGAGCUUGGCAUCGGAAGAUGGUUUUUUAGAAAGUUCCAGUCCUGCAGGCUUUAAGAUAUCGGUCUCCAAUUCAAAUCCGGACAUUGUCAUGGUGGGCUUCCGUUUGCAUGUGGGCAAUACUUCAGCAAAUCACAUACCUUCUGAAAUUACCAUCUUCCAGAGGGUUAUUAAGUUUGAUGAAGGCAUGCGAUCUUGGUAUGAUGUUCCAUUUACUGUUGCUGAAUCGCUUCUUGCUGAUGAAGAAUUUUUAAUUUCUGUUGGGCCAACCUUCAACAACAGUGCUCUUCCCAGAAUUGAUUCUCUUGAAGUAUAUGGUCGAGCUAAAGAUGAAUUUGGUUGGAAAGAGAAAAUGGAUGAUAUUGAAGCUCGUGUGCUUGGUAAUUCAUUGCUUGGAGGAUCUGGGAAAAAAUGCCGGACUUCACAGUCCUCAACCAUUCAGGAGCAGGUGGUAGCUGAUGGUCUCAGACUGCUGUCCAAGUUAUAUUUGUUGACCAAAUCCGAAGAAGAUGCAAAAAUUGAUCCAAGUGAACUCAAGUGUAAGCUACUUUUGGAAACAAUUUUUGAAAGUGACAGAGAACCCUUGUUACAGGCUGCUGCUUGUCGUGUUUUGCAAUCUGUUUCUCCCAAAAAAGAGAUAUAUUACCAGGUUAAAGACGUUAUGCGCCUUCAUGGGGUGGUGAAAUCAACCUCUAUGCUAUCUUCAAGGCUAGGAGUUGGUGGAACUACUGGAGGGUGGAUAGUUGAAGAAUUUACUGCUCAGAUGCGUGCUGUAUCUAAGAUUGCUUUGCACCGCCGUUCUAAUUUAGCCUUUUUCUUGGAGAUGAAUGGCUCUGAAGUGGUGGAUGGACUCAUGCAAGUUCUAUGGGGAAUUUUGGAGUUUGAGCAACCUGACACCCAAACUAUGAACAACAUUGUUAUGGCCUCUGUGGAGCUUAUAUAUUGUUAUGCUGAAUGUCUGGCUUUACAUGGAAAGGACUCAGUAGGACAUUCUGUUGCGCCUGCAGUUGUAUUAUUAAAGAAACUUCUAUUCUCUCCCAAUGAGGCUGUUCAAACUUCCAGCAGCCUUGCUAUGGCAUCAAGAUUGCUUCAGGUUCCAUUUCCAAAGCAAACAAUGUUAGCAACAGAUGAUGCUGUAGAUAAUGCUGUCUCUGCCUCUGGAACUGCCGAGUCAGCUGGUGGAAAUACACAAGUCGUGAUUGAAGAAGAUUCUAUAACCUCUUCUGUUCAGUAUUGUUGUGAUGGCUGCUCUACUGUUCCUAUACUAAGGCGAAGAUGGCACUGUACUAUUUGUCCUGAUUUUGAUUUGUGCGAGGCUUGUUAUCAGGUACUAGAUGCAGAUCGGCUUCCUCCACCCCAUUCUAGAGAUCAUCCAAUGACAGCUAUUCCCAUUGAAGUGGAACCCUUAGGAGGAGAUGGGAAUGAAAUUCACUUCACCACCGAUGAUGCUAAUGAUUCGAAUUUGACAACAGAUAUUAGCAUGCAGAACUCUGCUCCUUCAAUUCAUGUCUUGGAACCCAACGAAUCAGGAGAGUUUUCUGCCUCAGUGACUGAUACAGUCUCUAUUUCUGCCUCAAAAAGAGCUGUGAAUUCCUUGCUCUUAUCUGAACUUUUUGAGCAGUUGAAAGGAUGGAUGCAGACAACCUCUGGCGUACGUGCUGUCCCUAUCAUGCAACUGUUUUAUAGACUAUCAUCUACUGUUGGUGGACCUUUUAUAGACAGCUCCAAACCUGAGGCUUUGGAUUUAGAGAAACUGAUUAGAUGGUUUUUGGAUGAAAUUGAUCUCAACAAACUUUUUGUAGCCAAGACUCGUACUUCGUUUGGAGAAGUUGCAAUUCUUGUGUUUAUGUUCUUUACUUUGAUGCUCCGGAACUGGCAUCAGCCUGGUGGUGAUGGUUCUAUGCCAAAAUCAGGUGGAAAUACAGACUCACAUGAUAAGAACAUUAUCCCGGUCCCUGCAGUAUCUUCUCAUUCUUCCAUGGAUGGUCAAGAAAAGAACGACUUUACAUUUCAGCUUAUACGAGCCUGCAAUACUCUCAGGAGCCAGUCAUUUGUUAAUUAUUUGAUGGAUAUACUGCAGCAGCUAGUCAAUGUUUUUAAGUCGCCUACCACUAGUUAUGAAACUGCACAUGGUCUGAAUGCUGGUUCUGGAUGUGGGGCUUUAUUAACAGUUAGGAGAGAUUUACCAGCAGGGAAUUUUACUCCGUUCUUUUCCGAUUCAUAUGCAAAAGCCCAUCGAACUGAUAUAUUUAUGGAUUACCAUAGGCUUCUGUUGGAGAAUGCUUUUCGAUUGGUUUACACUUUGGUUAGACCAGAAAAGCAAGAGAAGACUGGAGAAAAAGAGAAGGUGUACAAAUCAUCAACUGGUAAGGAUUUGAAACUUGAUGGAUACCAGGAUGUCCUCUGCAGUUACAUGAAUAAUCCUCAUACGACAUUUGUGAGAAGAUAUGCGAGGAGGCUGUUUCUGCAUCUCUGUGGAAGUAAAACUCAUUAUUAUAGUGUUCGAGAUUCAUGGCAGUUCUCUACUGAAAUGAAGAAGCUUUUCAAGCACAUAAAUAAAUCUGGUGGUCUUCAAAAUCCUGUUCCAUAUGAGAGAAGUGGGAAGAUAGUGAAGUCCUUGUCUACAAUGGCUGAGGUUGCCACUGCAAGGCCUCGAAAUUGGCAGAAAUACUGUUUGAGGCAUGGAGAUGUAUUGCCCUUCUUGAUGAAUGCAGUGUUCUAUUUCAGUGAAGAGUCUGUUGUUCAGAUUCUCAAACUUCUGAAUUUGGCCUUUUAUUCAGGAAAGGAUAUGACUCACUCAUUGCAGAAAGUUGAAGCUGGGGACUCUGGAACAAGUGCAAAUAAAUCAGGGGGCCAGUCUCUGGAUUCAAAGAAAAAGAAGAAAGGCGAAGAGGGAACUGACUCUGGACUGGAGAAAUCGUGUUUGGAUAUGGAGGCAGUCGUAGAUAUCUUUGCUGACAAGGGUGGUGAUGUUUUGAGGCAAUUUAUUGAUUGCUUUUUGCUGGAAUGGAAUUCAAGCUCUGUACGCAUGGAGGCUAAGUGUGUUCUUUAUGGUGCAUGGCAUCAUGGGAAGCAUUCAUUCAAGGAAACAAUGUUAAUGGCUCUGUUGCAGAAAAUGAAAGAUCUACCACUGUACGGUCCGAACAUUGUCGAGUUCACUGAUUUGGUUACUUGGUUACUGGGAAAAGUCCAUGAUAAUAGUUCAAAGUUGCAGAGCACCGAACUUGCCGAGCGUUGCUUGACUCCUCAUGUAAUUCGGUGCACUUUUGAGACACUACAUUCACAAAAUGAGCUUAUUGCUAACCAUCCAAACUCUCGCAUAUACAGUACUCUGAGCAGUCUUGUGGAAUUCGAUGGUUAUUAUCUUGAGAGUGAACCAUGCGUUGCCUGCAGCUCUCCUGAGGUACCAUAUAGUAAGAUGAAGCUAGAAAGCUUGAAGUCUGAGACUAAGUUUACAGACAACCGGAUUAUAGUGAAAUGUACUGGAAGUUACACGAUCCAAACUGUGAUUAUGAAUGUUCAUGAUGCACGUAAGUCCAAAUCUGUGAAAAUCUUGAACCUGUACUACAACAAUCGGCCUGUAGCUGACUUGUCGGAGUUGAAAAAUAAUUGGUCUUUGUGGAAGCGUGCAAAGAGUUGUCAUCUUACUUUCAACCAGACAGAGCUGAAAGUGGAGUUUCCCAUUCCAAUCACUGCUUGUAACUUCAUGAUUGAACUGGAUUCUUUUUAUGAAAAUCUUCAGGCAUUAUCGUUGGAACCAUUGCAAUGCCCCCGUUGCAGUCGACCAGUCACUGAUAAGCAUGGAAUCUGCAGCAAUUGCCAUGAGAAUGCAUAUCAGUGCCGGCAAUGCCGCAAUAUUAAUUAUGAGAAUUUGGAUUCUUUUCUAUGCAAUGAGUGUGGAUAUAGCAAGUAUGGCCGUUUUGAGUUUAACUUUAUGGCAAAGCCUAGUUUUACAUUUGAUAACAUGGAGAAUGAUGAUGAUAUGAAGAGGGGUUUGGCAGCCAUAGAAUCAGAAUCAGAAAAUGCUCAUAGGAGAUACCAGCAGCUUUUGGGCUUCAAAAAGCCCCUUCUUAAGAUUGUGUCAAGCAUUGGAGAAAACGAAAUGGAUUCACAGCAGAAGGACUCUGUCCAGCAAAUGAUGGUUUCUCUGCCAGGACCUUCUUGUAAGAUAAAUCGUAAGAUUGCUCUUCUUGGUGUCUUAUACGGUGAAAAGUGCAAAGCUGCUUUUGAUUCUGUCAGCAAAAGUGUGCAGACACUGCAGGGUCUUCGCCGGGUUUUGAUGAGUUAUUUGCACCAAAAACAUUCAAAUGAUGCAGCUGCGGCAUCCAGAUUUGUGAUUUCUAGGUCCCCAAAUAAUUGUUAUGGCUGUGCAACUACAUUUGUGACACAGUGUUUGGAGAUGUUGCAGGUGCUGUCGAAAUAUCCUAAUUCAAAGAAGCAACUUGUGGCAGCUGGUAUCUUAUCUGAACUUUUCGAAAAUAAUAUUCAUCAAGGUCCAAAAACAGCUCGUGUUCAGGCUAGAGCGGUACUUUGUGCUUUCUCUGAAGGCGAUGUAAAUGCAGUGACUGAGCUGAACAGUUUGAUACAGAAGAAAGUCAUGUACUGCCUUGAGCAUCACCGUUCUAUGGACAUUGCCCUUGCCACUCGUGAGGAGCUAUUAUUGCUUUCAGAAGUAUGUUCCUUGGCUGAUGAAUUUUGGGAAUCAAGAUUACGUGUUGUUUUCCAGCUGUUAUUUUCGUCUAUUAAACUGGGUGCCAAACACCCUGCAAUAGCAGAGCACAUUAUUCUCCCUUGUCUGAGAAUCAUAUCUCAGGCUUGCACUCCUCCAAAACCCGAUACAGUGGACAAAGAACAGGGUAUUGGGAAAACCGCUUCUUCAGCUCAGGUGAAGGAUGAAAACAACUCAAAUAUAUUUGGAUCAUUGAGUGGAGUGCUCAAUGGUAACAAGUCAGCACCAGAGCCUUUGGAAAAAAAUUGGGAUUCAUCUCAUAGGAAUCAGGAUAUUCAAUUAUUGAGCUAUGCAGAGUGGGAGAAGGGAGCAUCAUAUCUUGAUUUUGUUAGAAGGCAGUACAAGGUGUCUCAAACAGUAAAAGGGGCAGCACAGAGAUCUCGGCCCCAGAGACAUGAAUACCUGGCUCUCAAAUAUGCACUUAGGUGGAGGCGGCGUGCUUUUAAGAGUUCCAAGAGUGAUCUAUCCACAUUUGAGCUUGGUUCUUGGGUGACAGAACUUGUUUUGAGUGCUUGUUCGCAAUCUAUUAGGUCAGAGAUGUGCAUGCUGAUCAGUUUACUCUGUGCUCAGAGUUCGUCUAGGCAAUUUCGGUUGCUAAACUUACUGAUGGCUUUGCUGCCAUCAACUCUUGCUGCUGGUGAGAGUGCGGCAGAGUACUUUGAAUUGUUGUUUAAGAUGACAGAUUCAGAAGAUGCUCGCCUCUUCUUGACUGUACGGGGAUGUCUGACUACAAUUUGUAAACUGGUCACUGAAGAAAUUGGUAAUGUCGAAUCUCUAGAAAGGAGCAUGCAUAUCGACAUUUCACAGGGAUUCAUUCUUCACAAGCUUAUUGAACUCCUUGGCAAAUUUUUAGAGGUUCCCAAUAUCAGAUCCAGAUUUAUGCGGGAUAAUUUGCUGUCUGAUAUCCUUGAGGCUCUUAUUGUCAUUCGUGGCUUGAUAGUACAGAAGACGAAGUUGAUCAGUGACUGCAAUCGGCUUUUAAAUGAUCUUUUAGAUAGUCUUCUACUUGAGAGCAGUGAAAACAAACGGCAGUUCAUUCGAGCUUGUAUAUGUGGUUUACAAAUCCAUGGGGAGGAAAGAAAAGGACGAACUUGUUUGUUUAUCCUAGAGCAGCUUUGCAAUUUGAUUUGCCCAUCAAAACCAGAGUCUGUGUUCUUGUUGGUUCUUAACAAGGCGCACACGCAGGAAGAAUUUAUUAGGGGAUCAAUGACGAAGAAUCCAUAUUCCAGUUCUGAGAUUGGUCCUUUGAUGCGUGAUGUUAAAAAUAAAAUUUGCCAUCAAUUGGAUCUGCUAGGCCUUCUUGAAGAUGACUAUGGCAUGGAGUUGCUGGUAGCAGGGAAUAUAAUCUCUCUUGAUUUAAGCAUUGCACAAGUUUAUGAGCAAGUGUGGAAGAAGUCGAAUCAUCAGUCUUCAAAUGCAAUGGUUAAUUCCACUUUGUUGUCGUCAAGUGGCAUGGCAUCAACAAGAGACUGCCCACCUAUGACGGUGACUUAUAGGCUUCAGGGUUUAGAUGGUGAAGCUACUGAACCCAUGAUUAAAGAAUUGGAGGAAGAUAGGGAAGAAUCACAAGAUCCAGAGGUUGAGUUUGCAAUCGCAGGAGCAGUUCAAGAGUAUGGUGGGCUUGAAAUUCUAUUAGGCAUGAUCCAGAGACUGCGAGAUGAUUUCAAGUCCAACCAAGAACAGUUGGUUUCAGUUCUUAAUCUUCUUAUGCACUGCUGCAAGAUAAGAGAGAAUAGGCAGGCCCUGUUAAGGCUUGGAGCUUUAGGUCUUCUUCUUGAAACAGCAAGGCGUGCCUUUUCAGUGGAUGCCAUGGAGCCGGCAGAAGGCAUUCUUUUGAUUGUUGAGAGCCUGACCUUAGAAGCAAACGAGAGUGAUAAUAUUAGCAUCACUCACAGUGCACUUACAGUCACUAGUGAGGAAACAGGCACUGGAGAACAGGCCAAGAAAAUAGUUGUUAUGUUCCUGGAAAGAUUGUGCCAUCCUUCAGGCCUUAAAAAGUCCAAUAAACAGCAGCGGAACACUGAGAUGGUUGCAAGAAUUUUGCCAUAUUUGACUUAUGGUGAACCUGCUGCGAUGGAAGCACUCAUUCAACAUUUCAGCCCAUACUUGCAGGACUGGGGGGAAUUUGACCGAUUGCAGAAGCAACAUCAAGACAACCCAAAAGAUGAGAGUGUUGCUCAGAAAGCUGCUGAGCAGAGGUUUACUUUGGAAAAUUUUGUCUUAGUAUCUGAAUCACUAAAGACAAGUUCCUGUGGGGAACGGUUAAAGAACAUUAUCCUAGAGAAAGGCAUCAUUGAUGUUGCUGUGGGACAUCUAAGGGAAAGUUUUGCAGUGGCAGGGCAGGCUUGGUUCAAGUCAAGUGCAGAAUGGUCAUCAGGUUUGAAAUUGCCAUCUGUCCCACAUAUAUUAUCAAUACUAAGGGGAUUGUCAAUGGGGCACUUGGCUACACAAAAGUGUAUUGAUGAGGGAGGAAUCUUACCGUUGCUACAUGCUCUGGAAGGAGUCUCUGGAGAAAACGAGAUUGGUGCCAGAGCUGAAAACUUGUUAGAUACUCUAUCUAAUAAGGAGGGGAAUGGAGAUGGAUUCUUGGAGGAGAAGGUGCGGAAGUUGCGCCAUGCCACUAGAGAUGAGAUGCGGCGUAGAGCUUUGAGGAAGAGAGAGGAGUUACUUCAGGGACUUGGUAUGCGACAAGAACUGGCAGCAGAUGGUGGUGAAAGAAUUGUUGUUGCUCGCCCGGUCCUGGAAGGUUUGGACGAUGUAGAGGAAGAGGAAGGUGGGCUGGCUUGCAUGGUAUGCCGAGAGGGCUAUAGUUUGAGGCCUACUGACUUACUCGGGGUUUACUCUUAUAGCAAGCGGGUGAAUCUGGGUGUUGGCAGUUCAGGAAGUGCUCGUGGAGAGUGUGUUUACACCACUGUCAGUUACUUUAACAUUAUUCAUUUUCAGUGCCAUCAGGAGGCAAAACGGGCAGAUGCAGCUCUCAGGAAUCCUAAGAAAGAGUGGGAAGGUGCCACCCUCAGAAACAAUGAAUCUCUCUGCAAUUCGUUAUUCCCUGUAAGGGGCCCAUCGGUUGCACUAGUCCAGUACAUUCGCUAUGUAGAUCAGUAUUGGGACAACCUCAAUGCUCUUGGUCGUGCGGAUGGAAGUCGGCUCCGACUUUUGACUUACGAUAUUGUUCUGAUGUUGGCUCGAUUUGCAACUGGGGCCUCAUUCAGUGCAGAGAGUAGAGGUGGUGGAAGAGAAAGCAACUCCCGGUUUCUUACUUUUAUGAUCCAAAUGGCUCGUCACCUUCUUGAACAGGGAAGCUCAUCCCAGAUUCGAAACAUGGCCAAGGCCGUUUCUUCAUAUAUAACAUCAACUUCCUUGGAUUCUCGCCCUUUUGCUCUUGGAUCACAGCCUGCCCCAGGAACCGAAGAAACUGUCCAGUUUAUGAUGGUGAACUCUCUUCUGUCAGAGUCCUACGAGUCAUGGUUACAACACCGUCGUUCUUUCCUGCAAAGAGGAAUAUACCAUGCGUACAUGCAGCACACUCAUGGCCGGUCAACAGCUAAGGCAUCAUCCACUUCAGCUGGCAUGGUCAGAAUAGAGCCAGGAAGCAUCAGCGGAAGCCCCAUGCCGGAAACCGGUGCUGUUGAUGAGCUGCUAUCCAUUGUUCGACCCAUGCUUGUAUAUACAGGCUUGAUUGACCAGCUGCAGCGCUUCUUUAAAGUCAAAAAAUCACCUAACAUGCCAGCUGCUAAAACGGCAGGCACUUCCAAAGGACGAGAAGGAGAAGAUGAAAGUGGAAGUUUAGAAGGUUGGGAGGUGAUAAUGAAGGAGCGGCUGUUGAAUGUGAGAGACAUGGCUGGAUUCUCCAAGGAACUGAUAUCAUGGCUUGAUGAGAUGAAUUCCGCCACUGAUUUGCAGGAGGCAUUUGAUAUUAUCGGUGUUCUAGCUGAUGUCUUAUCUGGUGGAAUCACACGGUGUGAGGACUUUGUUCAUGCUGCGAUAAAUGCUGGGAAAAACUAAGACGUUAAGGCAAAGUCAGGACUCAGGAGCACGGUAUGUGUUCUAGUUCAUUGUGAGGAGGCUAGCCUCAGCAAUGAGGCGCUAUCAUGAAAUUUUGCUUUACAUGUACCAAAGUAAUUAAUAUUGUUGUGUUAUAUUAUGAUGAACAUGGGGGUUUCUAUCUCCCACUAUGCUAUAUGUAUCAUCAAUGUAAAUUGAACAUAUUUUUUGCCCCUUUAUGAAAUUAUUCGCCUCA